AUGGAUGGAAUGAACCACUCUGUAGUAUCAGAGUUUGUGUUCCUGGGACUCACCAAUUCAUGGGAGAUUCAGCUUCUCCUUUUUGUUUUUCUUUUGUUCUACUUUGCAAGCAUGAUGGGAAACCUCAUCACUGUGUUCACCGUAACAUUGGAUACUAAUCUGCACUCCUCCAUGUAUUUUCUCCUAGCUAACCUCCUCUCAGUCAUUGAUAUGGCAUUUUGCUCAAUCACAGCUCCAAAAAUGAUCAGUGAUAUUUUCAAGAGGCAUAAAGUCAUCUCUUUUGGGGGAUGCAUUACCCAGAUCUUCUUUAGCCAUGUUGUUGGGGGCACUGAGAUGGUGCUGCUCAUAGCUAUGGCCUUUGACAGAUAUGUGGCCAUUUGUAAGCCUCUCCAUUACCUGACCAUCAUGAGCCCACGGAUGUGUCUAUUUUUUUUAGUCACUUUCUGGACCAUUGGCCUUAUCCACUCAGUGAUUCAACUAGUUUUUGUGGUAGAUUUGCCUUUUUGUGGUCCUAAUGUAUUGGACAGUUUUUACUGUGAACUUCCCCGUUUCCUCAGACUUGCCUGCACAGACACCCAAGAGCUGGAGCUCAUGGUCACCAUCAAUAGUGGACUCAUUUCUGUGGGCUCCUUUGUCUUAUUGGUUGUUUCCUACAUCUUUAGUCUCUUCAAUGUUUGGAAACAUUCUUCAGGUGGUUCUUCCAAGGCCCUUUCCACUCUGUCGGCUCAUAUUACUGUUGUGAUCUUAUUCUUUGGGCCACUGAUGUUUUUCUACACCUGGCCUUCUGCCACAUCACACCUGGAUAAGUAUCUUGCUAUUUUUGAUGCAGUUCUCACUCCUUUUCUGAAUCCAGUUAUCUACACAUUGAGGAAUAAAGAGAUGAAAGUGGCAAUGAAGAGACUGUGUAGUGGUCUUGGGCAUUACAGAAAAAUAUCAUAA